AUGGCGAGUUUACUACAUGGGAGAACAUUAAGACCCAGAGGGCCAACUCCAGGACCCUCGAUAGUUACGACGCAAGAGAAAACACAAGAAAAAUACGAUAGUUUAGAGAAAAUCGAUGAGAUGCAAAUAGACGGUGAUGAAAACACUGAACUCCAAAUGAUAGAACCAUCACAUGUAAAAGAAAUAAAUGUAAAAGGAAAGAAAGGGAAAGGAAAGAAUACGAAGAAAAACCUCAAAAACUUGAAGAAUCAAAAGGAAGAAGUGAAACCUACUGGUAUCGAGUUAGAAGCCCAGGGAGGAGAUAGUCAUCAAGAAAGAAGAGAUCAAAUGAAUGAAGACGAAGUUCAGAUCAACGAACAUCAGCGAAAUGAAAUCGAUAACGAUGUUGUAGGUGACACGACUGUUGGUUUUGUCUUCUCCUUCACUAUUUCUAUCAUCUUCUUCAUGACCCAACCCGAUAAACAACCUCUACAGAGAAGGAGAGGUAAUAGAGACCGACAUGUUAUAGCCAAGUGUUACAGUUGUGUGUUAGACACAGAUAGAGUGGCCGGUGUUACGCUGAAAUACACAUUAUAA